AUGGGUGGCAUCGACUGCACUGACCAGCUGCUAAAACCCUAUGAGGUGCCUCGCAAAACACUGAAGUGGCACAAGAAGGUGGCCAUCCACUUUAUGCAGCUUUCCAUGUUCAACAGGUUCAUUGUUUAUCAGAAGGGUGGUCAUCAAAAACAAUUUCUGAGAUUUCAACAUAAAGUGAUUGCAGCACUUCUCUGA